CAUAAUCACCUUAACUGUGCUUAGCAUAUCACUCAGCAUUCGACAUUCGUCAAGCAAACAUAUCGUUUCAGUGUUUGAAAAACUCGAGGUUUACAUCAAGCAAAGUAGAAGAUGUUAAAAGUCAUUGUUUCUCUUCUCCUCACUCUCGCCAUCAAUGCGAAAGGUAAAGUAAACGUUGCAGUUCUUUCAAAGACAUAAGUUCCUGCUGGAUGUUUGAUUAAUUUUGUAAUUAACUUUAUAGCUAUCUAAAUUGAGGCUCCCAAACCAUUUUCCACGACCAAAUUUUGCUACAUGCUCAAAUAAAUUAGAUCAACGAUGAACAAAACCGGAUCAUGAAGCUGAUCGUUUAGACUCCAAGACAGUGUAACAUUGAAACAUAAAUGCGCUUAGCGUGCUGCCCUUUACCACUUGUAAAACGUCAAUUCAUUCAUGUUAUACAUAGAAGGAACAAACUGAGAAGGACUAAAAGCUCAGGAGAUAACAAUACCAUGGGUUUAGUACAACAUAAGUUUUGGGACUCUCAAAAUGUUUUAUAGUAAUUUUUUUAGUUGAAGAGCGAGGUUUCCUUCGGCACGUCCAAACUUUCGUCAUUUUUUCAAAAUACAAAAGCAAAACUCCUCACUUUUUGCUGCUGAGUGAUUUGAAACAUUCGGAACUAAUCGGAAAUUGACCAGGUUGGUAUCCCAAUCAUUGUAGUAUUCCCAUGGAAAAAGACUAGUGUUUUUCUGGCAAAUUUUUGCUCAAAAACAAACUUUUAAAUUUGACCGAAUUUUUUCACUUUUCGAAACUUGAAUCAUACGAGUGAUAGGCCUUCGUCAUAGGUGUUAGCUUUCCAGUUUAUUUGUAGUUCAAUAUAUGGUACUGACAUACUUUCGAGCACUGAAUAUUGUUGAGUGCCUCCCAGGAAUUUUAAGUACAACCAGGAAACGAGGCAUAUUAUGAAAUGGGAUCGGACACUGGGACAAAGCUGCAAAUCAUGUGGAAUAUAGGAACAUGUAUGUUUUGAGAACAAGGGAACAUGCGAAAUAUUUUUGGACACAAUGGAACAAUAGCAAACUUUUUAACACAAUACGGGAAUAUACAGAUACCUCGAGCUCCCCACCCCCGCCCCUGAGGAACUCGUUGGCGAGGUUUAACUUGUAAGUUAUUUCAAGAUAUAGACCGCACGAGUUUUUAUUAUGCAUCGAUACAGUGGCGGAAAUCUUGGGGGCGGGGGGGGGGGCGACCGCCCCCCCGCCCCCAAGAUUUCCGCCACUGUAUCGAUGUGGGGGGAAAGUGAAAGUGGGGGGGGGGCGACCGCCCCCCCCCCCCACUUUCACUGAAAAUGACGAAUUUUCGGAAAUUUUGACCUAAAAGAGGGCUAAAAACAGCCUUUUCGAGUACAAAUGGGGGAGGGGGGGGGGGCGUUGUCGGAAAUUUGAAAGUUUUGUCGGAAAAAUUUAGGAGGCUUUGCCCCCCCCCCCCACCAGAAGAAUCGAUAGGAUUUCAAAGAAUCGAUUUUCCACCACUGCAUCGAUAGGAUUUCAAAGUCAAGAAAAAGCUACAGGAACAAGAACAACAAAUUAGCCUAUACAGGAAAAUAAUGCACAUUUUGAGCUAAAAAAGUGAGGGCUAUAUUUUGCUACAAAUGAGUUAAAGUAUAUAAUUUUUUCCAACAUUCGCGUGUAGAUUCUUGACUGAGCCCCCGAUAUCACGCAAUAAAUUCUCAGGGAAAUGUUCAAUUUUCUCCAGUACCGGCGUGUUUAGGCUAAAUGAAAUGUAUUAUUUUCAUAUUAAACACUUAAAACUGCAUAUUAAUUUUUAACAUACAUAUAAAAUCAAUAUGUGUAUCUAAAAUAUAUUGUGCUUAUUGCUGGUUAUUACAAUAUUUAUGUCAAUUGCACUGAUUGAUGACAAUCAUAUAUUCUCGCGCGUUGCAAUAAAAUUAUAGAGUUUUCUUUUAAUAUUUUACAGAAGCAAAUGCCAAAUCAAAGGUUUGUCCAUCUGGUUGGAUGCAUCUUGUUUCAGCAUGUUACCACUUAAGUACGUACAAAACUACUUGGUCUAAAGCAAGAGCAGCCUGUCAAAAACUUGAAGGAGACCUGGUUGUUCCUACGAACAGUAAGGAAAAUAAUGCCGUGUCGAAUAUUGUUAAACAAAGAAAAUUGGGUCAUCCCUGGAUUGGUUUGGUCAGACAUAAGGAUAAAAAGUUUUAUACCGUGCAAGGGGGGAAGCCAUCUUACACAAAUUGGCACCCCGCACAGCCAGAUAGUCCCAACUCUGAAAACUGUGCACAUUUCUAUGAUAGCAUUGGCCGAUGGAACGAUAUACCGUGCUCGCAACAGUAUCAUUUUAUUUGCCAAAAACCUCCCAUUAAACGUAAGUAGAGGUUUCACAUCAACAGAAAUCCAUUCCGCACGGCAGUAUACAGAGUGUAUUAAAAGAGGAAAUCCAACCUAGCAUGUAAUUUUGCGUUAUAAUAUUCUAUUUAUAAUUUAUGUUCUUUAAGAAUGUAUCUAAAUUUUACCUGAAAUACACGUUUGCAGAAAUCCUACGGUUUGCAUCUUUCGAAUAGUUGUCAUGG